AUGGAUGAAAAUGUUGUGAAUAUAAAAAGAGCUAAAAUAGAGGAUGAGUCAUGUGAAGAAAAGAAAAGUUAUCGUGAAGCAUUUACUCCUGAACAUAAAUUAAAUAGAUAUGGUACAAAAUUUCAUCUUAUUAUUGGUGUAACAGGAUCAGUAGCUACAAUUAAAUUAAAAGAACUUAUAGAUGAGUUGUACUUAAAGUGUUCUGAAGAUCGAUUAGCUAUUAAAAUAGUUACAACUAAAGGGGCAUUGCACUUUUUCGAUCCAUCUAUGAUCUCUGAAAUUGUCUAUGAAGAUAGAGAUGAAUGGGGAAUGUGGAAGGGACGUGGUGAUCCAGUACUUCAUAUUGAGCUUCGUAAAUGGGCUGACGCAUUAUUAAUUGCUCCAUUGGAUGCAAAUACUAUGGCUAAAAUAGCAAAUGGAAUUUGUGAUAAUUUACUUACAUCUCUUGUCAGGGCAUGGGAUAAUAAUAAGCCAUUAUUUUUUGCUCCAGCAAUGAAUACAUGUAUGUGGGAGAGUAUGUUAACUGUACAACAUUUAAAAGUAUUAAAAGAUUUAAUGAGAUGGAAAGAAAUUCCACCAAUACAAAAAGAAUUAAUGUGUGGUGAUAAAGGAUAUGGAGCUAUGGCUUCUGUACAAAUGAUUGCUUCAAUUAUAGCUGUAGAUGUGAAAAAUAGGUUUGCUGUAUAUUCGGUAUCAUCUGAAAAUGUAAUGAUUGAUGAUGUGUAUAGUUGA